GUACUUCUUAUUAUUAAUUCAUUAUUUUAGUACUUCUAAUGUUUAUUUUAUAUAAUUAAUAUUCUGUAAGGUUCUUAAUUUCGCUCAUAAUUAUUGUCUACACGCGUUCGUCUUAAUUUCCUAGGAUUAAAAAUGUCUAACAUUUUCCUUUAAUUAUGUUUACAACAUAAGGAGUCAUUUACGUAUAACAUACGACAGUAACAUGUUCGAAUCUGAUGAUUUCGAUCAGGUUUUGUCUCAAUUGGAUAUUCCGGACAUACCUAACAAUACGAGUACAACCAACUGUUCUAACCUCCGAAAUAAUGGCAAAUUAAAAAAUAAUCCCACUGAAAUAAUUAGCAAAGACAAUGCAAUACUAGGAUCAAAUUAUGAAGAUAAUAAAACUAUAAAUAGCAAAGGGACAGAACAGACAGAAUCUGAUGAUAACUGCAUACAAAAUAAUAAUAAUUUACUAUCACCUAAGCACUGCAAAAGAAAAAUUAUUAAUUCACAUUUUGACUCAAACUGCAAAAGAAAGUUCCCCGGCCCUGCAGGCUUAUUGUCUGGAAGUUUUAAGGAAUAUAAAGAUGAGAAUAUUGAUCAUAUUGAAUUACUUUCACAGGAUAUAGAUUUUUCCCAAAAUCCAUUGCAUAGAGAUUUAUUUGAUUCAUCACUUUGGAAAAGAUUGUUAAAAGAUGUAAAUGAAUGGAAAUUAAAUUCUGUGGAGACGAUAAAAACAAUUAAACAGUUUGCACUCACUGGAAACCUGAAAAGAAGAAAAGCGCAAAUAGUUACUGCAUUUGUAGAGUGUGUGGACAGAUCUGCUAUGGAUCCCUUAGUUACCUUAAGAGAUGUAACUGGAAAUAUAAAAUGUACACUACACAGAGAUGCUUGGUCAUAUUUUUCAUUGUACAUUGUGCCAGGGCACUCGGCUCUUGUUUUAUCUAAGCCUACAAUUUUAACAACAGGAGGUGCAUUUAAAAAGCAUUACUUGAACAUAACUAUGAGCAAUAUAUUGGCUAUAUACAGUUCUGUACAUGACAAAGAUGAACAGAUGCCUGAUGGUUAUCAAAAGAUCUCUAAUGAAGACUGCACUAUUAUUAAGAUGGAAAAGCAAGUCUCAGAUGAAAGCCAAGUAGAUAAUGAUUACAAUGACUUGGACAGUAUAUUUUCAGAUGAGAUUUUUUAAUAAACAUGAUACUUGUAUAUACAUAAGUUGUAAAAUA